AUGACACUCAGAGACCGUGAGACGAUUGGUACAUCGUCGGUAACCCACGGUCCUGACGCUCUCAGAGACCAUGGGACGAUUGGUACAUCGUCGGUAACCCACGGUCCUGACACUCACAGAGACCAUGGGACGAUUGGUACAUCGUCGGUAACCCACGGCCCUGACGCUCACAGAGACCGUGAGACGAUUGGUACACCGUCGGUAACCCACGGUCCUGACACUCACAGAGACCGCGAGAUGAUAGAAACAUCGUCGGCAACCCACGGUCCUGACACUCACAGAGACAGUGAGACGAUUGGUACAUCGUCGGUAACCCAAGGCCCUGACAAUCACAGAGACCGUGAUACGAUUGGUACAUCGUUGGUAACCCAUGGUCCUGACACUCACAGAGAAAGUGAGACGAUUGGUACAUCGUCGGUAACCCACGGCCCUGACACUCACAGAGACAGUGAGACGAUUGGUACAUCGUCGGUAACCCACGGUCCUGACACUCACAGAGACCGUGAGAAGAUUGGUACAUUGUCGGUAACCCAUGGUCCUGACACUCACAGAGACCGUGAGACGACUGAUACAUCGUCAGUAACCCACGGUCCUGACACUCACAGAGACAGUGAGACGAUUGGUACAUCGUCGGUAACCCACGGCCCUGACGCUCACAGAGACAGUGAGACGAUUGGUACAUCGUCGGUAACCCACGGCCCUGACACUCACAGAGACCGUGAUACGAUUGGUACAUCGUCGGUAACCCACGGCCCUGACACUCAUUGGCAGAGACCGUGA